AUGAGCAGCUUUGUGGCGAACCCCGCGCCGCUGUACGAUUUGCUGCACGAGCUGCGCCGGAGAGAGUGUGUGCCGACGACGUGCCACAAGCUGCUCGCGCAGCUCGAGAGGCGCGGCUCACUGCUGCACGCCUACUCGGCAAACUACGACGGGAUCGAGAGCGCCGCGAACGUCGACGGGCUCGAGAGCGCCGCCGGCGUGCGCCGCGUCAGCCACUUGCACGGCUCCGUCCGGCUGGCGCACUGCAGCCACGAGCUCAACCACAUCGUCCCCGCCCUCGCGUGCACGGACGACCCGGCUCCGUGCCGCGGCUUGGAGGAUGGCCUACGCACGCAGCUGCCGCGCGCCGACGCCUGCCUCGUGCUCGGCCAGCCGCCGCCGGCGGGGACGCACGCAGCGUCGAUCCUCGCGAGCUUGUCGCACCACGUGCCUCGCCUGCUGCUCGCUGCGAGUCGGGUCGAAGGCCACGCAUUCGACGCGCAGCUGGUCGGUUCGGUCGACGCGGCGGCCGGCUGGCUCGUCUUUGGCGAGCUAGCCGAGGAGACGCGCGGAGAGGGCGAGGGCGAGGGGGCGCCGCCGCUGCGCCCUCGCGCACAGGCCCAGACGCCGCUCGCGCUUGCGCCGCGCGAGGCGGAGGAGAGCAGCAAGCGGCGCAAGCUCAGGGGGGCGGCGGAGGUCACGUGA